AUGUACAGAUGCUAUGUACCUUACUUCACAAAUGGCAUAUUGGCACCAUUGCCAUGGCAAGCGAAAUUAAUGAAGUUUUGUGGAUAUUGGCCAAUUGCCGAUGAUGCUACUUGGAGGACUCAUGUUAUAGUGUAUCUUUUAAUUAUCAAUCUCUUCGUUAGUUGGUGUUUUGUUAUUGAAGCUGAAUGUAACUUUUUUAUAAAAAAUCAUGGCAAUUUGAGCUUGCAGUUGGAGUGUAUAAUCGGAAUUUUAACACUGACUGAGAUUUUUAUGCGGGCUUGUUAUGUGACAUAUUCACGUACACAUUUUCGUCAACUUCUGAGUGAUUUCUAUACAAAAGUCUAUAUAGAGCAAAAUAUGGAACCCAACUUAUUCAAGAAGAUACAACUCUUGCAUUUCCCAACUAAAUUUUGUGGCGGAUUUUAUGCUUUAACGGCGAUAUCAUUUUUGUCCGUCCCAAUUGUGGGCUUAUUCUAUGGCCAGCGCUUAUUGCCAUAUAAAAUGUUGCCUCAUUUCGAUUAUGAACCAUUGCAUCUACAUUUAAUAACGUUAUACUUUAGUGCACAUUUAAUCUUCUGUGUAAUUUGUCAUAUGAUAUGUGAUUAUCAUAUGUUGGCUCUAUUUAUUCUACAUUUGAAUGGACAAUACCAACGGCUGCAAGAUGAUUUGGAAAAGCUUUAUUUGUUUAAAUCUCAAACCAAAUCUGAAACUUAUUUCUUCCAGUUUCAAAAUCGAUUAAUAGCAAUCCUCAGACGAAAUCAGGACUUAAAUAAUUUCGCUGAAAAAUUAAAAAAUCAUUACUCAGUCACAAUAUUUAUUCUGAUGGGCUUUAGUGCAAUUGUAUUAUGUGCUUUAGGUUUUACCACAAUGACGACUAAUCAAAUGGAUACGGCUUAUUAUUUUUGCCAUUGGGAAGAAGUUAUACUCCUGUCUCCGAAUGCUAAGGAAAAUGCUGAACUUAUGAAAUUGAUUGCUAUUGCCAUUAACUUGAAUCAGAAACCAAUAUCUUUAAAUGGGUUCUUCUUUACUGUGAGCUUGGAAACUGUUGUAAAGGUUUUUUAA